AAGCCAUUUUACAUCAUUUUAUUGAGAUUGAAGGAGAGGAAAUAGAGGAAUAUGCCUGAAGUAGAAGAAAAGGGGAAAACAACACUGACCAAGAAAACGGAAAAUGUUGCUCCCGGCGGUGUUCAGACUCGAGUUGUUGGUCCUGUUCCUCCUCUUGGAGGUUUGUGGCGUGACUUAAUUGCUUAUUGGAUUUUGGGUUUAUGCAAUAUUUACGGUUAUGUAGUUAUGUUGAGUGCUGCUCACGAUGUAUUGGACAAAUUUCCACAUCAAACUCGUAGCGAUAAGCCUCACGAGCGAGACUGUCACUUAGUUUCGACGGGAGCGAUUCUUUUGGCUGACGUUCUACCGGCAAUGUUCGUUAAAAUGAUUAUGCCCUUCGUACCAUUUCGGGUCCACUUCCUUGUUGCUCUGGCUGUUAUAUUUUCGGCAGCCGGUUUUUUAUUAGUGGCUAUGGCCUAUUUUGAGUGGAUGGCUAUAUUAGGAGUGGUCAUCACUUCGGCUAGUUGCGGUAUAGGAGAUGCAACUUUUCUCGGAUAUUCUUCGAAAUUUAAUAAGAAUGUAGUCUCGACUUGGUCCUCUGGAGGUGGGGCUGCAGGAGUUAUUGGGUCUUUAUCGUAUGCCGCGUUGACCGAGUUUAAGCUCAGUCCAAGUGAAAGUAUGUUGGUAAUGUUAAUAUUUCCUUUCAUCGAAGCCAUGUCGUUUUGGGUUUUAUUACGAAAGCCGCAAAGAGCUGCAGCUUCUGCAAUUACGGGAGCAUUAAUUGAGGAUCAAAAGCCUUUGAUCGGAUUUGCACAAAAAUUUGCAUAUGCAAGAACAUUGGUGGAAUAUAUGAUGCCUUUGGGCUUAGUAUUUUUUUUUGAAUAUUUUAUAAAUCAGGGCUUGUUCGAAUUAGUUCUAUUCAAAAAUAUUUUCCUCGAUAAGGCAUCUCAGUAUCGUUGGCUAAAUGUUGCUUAUCGGAUUGGAGAGUUCGUAGCGCGUUCCUCAGUUAAUGUUUGUCAAUUUCCAAAGAUUUGGCUUAUGGUGGUGUUUCAAUUUAUGAAUCUUGUAUAUUUCUUCACGGAAGUGACUUUCAAUUAUACCCCUAGUGUUUGGAUAACAUUUACCAUUGUCGUGUGGGAAGGUUUGCUCGGUGGUGGCGCUUAUGUCAAUACCUUUUAUAGAAUGUCGCAUGAAAUACCUCCAGUUCGACUGCAGUUUGCUAUGUCCACGGUCGUACAAGCAGAUGCAUAUGGUAUAGCACUUGCAGGAUUCCUAGCAAUACCAGUCCACAAUGCCAUAUGCUCACUACCGGUUGCCGAAAGAGCUAUAGAAUGGUAA